AUGUUGUGCGGUACUCAAAACUUAUUUUCUAAGGCUUUACUCCUCUCGGUGUGUGUUAUUUACGUCAGUGCCCAGAAACUAGACGAUGUUGACAUGAAUGACACCUUGUCUUAUUCUAAUAUUACACUCAGUUCAAGGAUUAAACGACAGUAUUACGAGUCCGACUACUAUGGAAGUUACUACGGAUGGUAGGUAUUGCGCAACGCUCUUGACAGUCAGUGAUUCCAGGCAAGCCGGCCGUGUUGUCGGAUGGAUUUUAGGCUUCAUUGUGCUCCUGUUGGUUAUAUGUGUGCCGUGUGUGUGUUGCAUCGGGAUCUGGUUUGCAGGAUGGUUUGGUCUUCGACAGGCUCUUGCUAGACGACGUGGACGAGCAGGACUGGCAGGUUCGACUCCUUAAGCUCUAAAUAUUGCACUACUUACUCUGUCUGUCCUUUAAAUACGAUAAAUUUGAUUUUCUCUGCACGGUGGAAAGUUUUGUAUUUUAGUGGGUAACGAAGGCGUCUUUUCUUCCUCUGGAGGCAUUAUUCGACGGACUAUGCACGACCGGGAUUCGCCUUCGGGUCAUCCCCGAGAUCAACGGGUAGUUUAUGCCCAUGCGAGUGAUCGUUACUUUGAACGCCGUCCCGAAACUCCGUCUCGGUCCAGUCCUCCUGUUCAUUACACUUCCCGGCGGACAUAA